AGCAAAAUAUGGAUAGUUCAAAUGAAAAUAGUAUCGCCGCUUCAGCUGCAACGCCACAGGAUAUAUCGGCACGCUUAGCCGCACUAAAUCGUUGGCAAGAGGAGCAGAAACGCCUGUUGGAGGAGCGUCAAAACACUCAGCGUUUAAUGUUGGGCUUGGAGCAGCGCAAUAUGUACCAAAUGCUUGGACUACUGCAAAACGAACUUAAGAGCAGGGACAACGAUAUUGCAGAUGUGACUUUAACAGAAAACAAUGACAAGCAAAGUAAAGAGCAGGACCAGGAGCAGUCAUUUACCAUAGAAAUGCCACGCCAUGCAAACUACCAGCAGGAAGAGGAUAAAGCUCAACAAGAGUUCGAACUCACAGAGAUUGCUACUGGCCAAAUAAGUCCGCGACCAGCGAAGCCCAAACGUCCGUUUCUACGCCGUGGUGAUGGUCUAAAGCAGCGCUUUAAAGUUGAUCCGGAUAAAUUACGUCUUAAUAAUUUGCCGCGCUACAAGUUUGCCAAUGCACAUCCACAGUAUCGCACGCCAACAUCGGACAAACCGAAGAAACGUAGUAUUUUAAAGACCCACAAAGAGUCAGGUGCUGUAGAAAAGGCAAAUGCACAGCCUUUACCUCUGCUAUCGCUCAAAGAGCAGCGCUUUCAGCAGCUAUUGAUGAAUGCCAAGCAUGUGUGCAGCUCCACCCCGGAUCUAAAGUCUUCCUCUAGCUCGACCAACAAUACCAAAUCCAGCGUAUCGCCUAAGGUUCACUUUGUCGAGCUUAACGACGCAGAACAAACCAAAGGACAAACAGCUGAUGAUGAACAAUCCUCCUGCGAGACAAACUCCAGUGCACUGGUAAACGUGUGCUGGGCCAAGGUGCUGGACACACAGCAAAUAAAGCCUCCAGUACUGCAUCGACGCACGGCCCAAAUACGCGUUGAAAACGACGACAAUGUCAGCAUAUUUGAGUUGCUUGAACAGAAGGCGCGUGAGGGCAACAUUGAUAUGAACUCCAGCUUCAUACGCACAUUUAUGGCACGCAAGGAACAGCGACGUCAGGUGGACACCGCCGACGAUAGUGAUCAGAUAGUAAUUACCGAGCAAUUGCGCGAAAUGCGACUACAGCCAGAGGUGUCUGAGGUUAUCAGUGAAAAUGAUGAAGAUGAGGAUGAGGACGAAGAGAACGCUACCUUGAUAAGGACGCCGCUAAAGAUUGGCGCAGGAAAGACUCAGGUGCACGUGCGCUUCUCCGACUCCAAUGAGACUCACGAAUAUUCAGAUGAGGCAACGCUGCAGGAGGGCACGAAUGUGCAGCUCUUCGAGGAAUUUAAAACGGCGCUAUUUCAGGCUCUGGAACAGAGAACGGCUCAACAGGCAAAGAGCGUCGCAAGCAAUGAGCCAUUAACGGAAGAGCUACAAAUCCAAGCGAAUCUGGUGCGGACGCGUCUACAGGAACUGGAAACAGAAAUAGCCACAUUUAAAGAGCAAAAUGCGCAGCUGCUGCGGCUGAAGCAACAGCACGAGCUGGAUCAAGCCAAGUGCGCCCAGGAGCAUUUGGAGGCAAUGGAUCGUGUGCAUGAUGAAAAAAUACAAGCCGAGAUCUAUUUGCAUGAUGAGCGGAUGAAGAUAGAGGAGGAGCGUCGCAAAUUCGAGCAGCAAAUGCGUCUUCAAAAGAGCAAUGUGAAUAGUAAAGAGAAAAGGGAGCUGGCGGCGCUAAAGCAAGAGGUGGAAGCCCUUCAGCUGCAGCUCAAGCAAAAGGAUCAGACUCACGUGUCAGCGCAGGCGCGACUUCGUGCUCAGCUGCGUGCCACCGAAAAGGAACAGCGCAGCUACAGGGACGAGAUCGAGCUGCUUAGUCGCGAAAACAAGCGACUGGAGCAGGAGCUAGUAAAGAUUACGCGCGAGAACAACAGCAAAAUGUUGCAGGAAAUCAAUCGCAACAUUGCGCGUUUAGCGCCAAAAGUGCAGGAGACAGCGCUGACUUCGGCAAAGCAUAUGGACGAGAAUGGCAAACGCCAAGCUAAAUCCAUAAGUGACAUCUUGCAGGACUCGGCGGCGAGCAAGCAACGUGUGUCCAGUCGUCGCCACAGCUGUAGUCGUAGUCGCAAGAAAUCGGAACAACUGAAUGAAAGUUACGCUUCGAGCAGCUCCUGUGAUAUAGACGAGGUUGUGCCCCAAAAAGCUUCAAAACCAGCACCUGCGGGCCCAGUCGAUGUCGAGAUAGCCCGUGCCGAACGUAACAACAGCAGCAACAGCGAGUUUAAGCGUGAAAUUGUAAAUGCAGACGGUAGUAAGGACAUUUGGUAUCCAAAUGGCAAUCUCAAGAAGAUCAGCGCAGAUGGCAUGAGCGUGCGCAUGUUGUAUUUUAAUAAGGACAUCAAGGAGACAGAUAUACGCGCCGGCACGACCAAGUAUUAUUACGCAGAGACGAACACGUGGCAUACAAGCUAUCUGGAUGGCCUAGAAAUACUUGAGUUCCCCAAUGGACAAACCGAGCAUCGGCACAAAAAUGGCAUCAUCGAGAUUCACUUUCCAAACAAUACCAUCAAAACGGUCGAUCCCAGUAAUACGGAAAAACUGGAGGAAUGGCGCUACGCGGAUGGGACGCAUCUGGUGCAGCUACGCAACGGUGACAAGAUAUUAAAUCUGCCCAAUGGUCAGAAGGAAAUACACACCAAAUUGAAUAAACGGCGCGAGUAUCCCGAUGGCACUGUCAAGCUCGUCUAUCCCGAUGGCAGCCAAGAAACACGCUACUCCAACGGGCGUGUGCGUCUCAAAGACAAGGAUGGCGUCCUGAUAAUGGACACGGAUUAUGCCAAGUAUUAGACGUGUUUAUCAGCUAGAUAUAGGUUU